UAUGCAUUGCAUAGAUCGGCAGGCUGGGGACAGUCAGGAUAUCACAGUCCGGCUUGUGCUGCCAGUUUGGACCCCCCUACCCCCUACCAGGGACGGACGGUCAGUGUGGAUUUUUUUUUCGGACAGCCCUAGUUGGACUUGUUGACAGCUUGGCACCGUAGACGUGCCUGGCACGCUGCCCAGGGGGAGGCAGGACUGGUACCUUCUGAUUGAUCCCAUCACUACACAAAGUGCCUUGAUCCCUCCGUGCCCUGCACAUUAGCUGGCGCAGCCCGGGGACGCCGCUGUGAAGACCGGAGAUUCUCCGACACGAACGAAACUGGAAUGAGUGAAGGGAAUAUCAUCACAUUGUGAACCUGGAAAGAAACCGGCAAGAUUAUAGAAACGUCUCUUUCUACGUUGUUUUGUUUCACGAGGAUCUAAACGUUCUCCAGACCCGGCUGAGGGAUAGGCUGAGUCUUCUGCUCCCCAAAGCCUACAGAGAUCGAAAGACGUGUUGAGAAUUACCCUGGAAUAUCCCUUCUCGGAAGUAGAGUUACUUCAUGUGUUUCUGGGAUCCAGACUCACGUGGGUGAGGCGGCAGUCGCGGCGAAGGCUGGAAUUAUGACCAGAUGACAUCGUUUUGAAGACUCUGGCAUUGACUUCCUGUUGGAUUUAUUUCGACUGAGAGAACAGUGAUCGGAACCCAUCAUGGUGGCCCUGAGGAACAGGAACUUGAAGCUGUUUGCAGUCGCUUUGACCUUUUUUGCCAUCACCAUCACCUCUGUCUUCUUGAACUUCACCCAGAACUCGGAUAAAUACUUUGGGCUCUCGGGUCCCUUUGUGAGGUUCAUCGCGUCCAUGCGGAGGCCGUGUGGCUGCGAGACGUGCGUUUCUGAGGCCGAAUUGUCUCCCUGGUUCGAUGAGAGGUUUAAUCAGACCCUUUUGCCAUUUAUGACCAAGCAGAACAACUUAAUGUCGGAGGGCACAUACAAGUGGUGGCUGAAACUACAAAGUGAGACGAGGCCCAUGGAGAUCAACAAAGCUGUUGAAGAGUUGUUUAAAGUCAUUCCGGGGGAGACCAGCCUGUUAGAGCGGGGUCAGUCCCGUUGCCGAACUUGCGCCGUGGUGGGGAAUUCGGGGAAUUUGAAGGAAUCGCACUAUGGACCGGAAAUCGACUCCCACAACUUUGUAUUCAGGAUGAAUCACGCCCCCACUGCAAAGUUCGAGAAGGACGUGGGGAAUAAAACCACGCAUCAUUUUGUGUACCCGGAGAGCGUCCGAGACCUAUCUGAAAAUGUCAGCAUGAUCCUGAUCCCCUUCAAGACCCUGGACCUGCAGUGGGUGGUCAGUGCGCUCACUACUGGAACCAUCAACUUCACGUAUGCUCCAGUGCCACGCAGAAUCAAAGUUACCAAAGACAAGAUCAUUGUCUAUAACCCAGAAUUCAUGAAGUAUGUGUACGACCGAUGGUUGAUGAAUCAUGGCCGGUACCCCUCCACAGGACUUCUAAGUGUUAUAUUUGCUCUUCACAUCUGUGAUCAGGUGGACUUGUAUGGAUUUGGAGCAGACAGCAAAGGAAACUGGCACCAUUACUGGGAGAACUAUAAAUAUGCGGGAGCUUUCCGCGAAACCGGGGUCCACGAUGCCGAUAUUGAGGCCGAUAUUAUAAGCAAUUUAACUUCAAUUAAAAAAGUUAACAUCCAUAGGGGAAGAUGACCCCUAAACGGAUGGAAAACUGUGGUUGACAAUUUUACUAUUUAAAUGUGGUGUUCUUCGGAGGCCUAGUGGAUAAUUUAUACAUUGGAUUUUUGAACCACUUACAGGACACAGAACUUCAAGUUAAAAGAGAAGAGCUAUAGUUCCAUGAUCUUAACAUCAACACUAUUGCAGCCACUUGGGCCAAAUGACCACGUGUUUUGGGUCUGAUGGACUUGGAUUUGACUAAUGGAUUUCGAUUCAUAAUGAUGGCAAUGGUUUAGACUGGGGUAACAACCUAUGCUGGACGUCAUUUUAGAUGGUAUUUAUCACAUUGGUAAAGAAGGUGAAAAGUGUCAGAUGUUUCAUAAUUUGUGAAGGGUUUUAUCUAUACGAUAACUCCUGCAUUUUUUUGACCUCUUGUUGUUGGCGCCCAAUUGUUUUUUUAUUAUCGAAAAAGCAAAAAUUAGGUUGUUCAGUACACCCUUGAGAAUAGCUAGCAAGUCUGGAACUGACCCUUUCAUGUUGCUGGAACAGUAGAACAUUAAAGUUUUUACAUAAUUUUUAUCAUUUUACAUAAAAAAGAAAGCUUGACCCCCGUGACACUAGACUGCUGCUCCAGGCAUAUGGGACAAUAGACCAUUAGCUAGAGGACCAGCGAAUAUACAUCACUUUUCAAUGUGUUCCAUCUUCACCCGUUCACUGGGAUAGAAGAUGGCUUACUUACUUGCCUUGAGUCAUGACA